AUGUACACCUGGGCGAAGGCGCUGCUCGCCGCUGUUUGCGCAGUCUCCAGCGCCCUUUUUUCGGGACUCAUACUGGGUUCCAUGUCCCUUGAUAUUUUGCAACUGCAGUUGCUAACAUACGUCGAGCCGACGACUAACCAGGAUCGCGUUAACAGCAAAUAUGCAAGACGCCUCCUGCCGCUGCGCAGAGACUCCAAUCUCCUCUUAUCUACGCUUAUCCUAAGCAAUUCAAUGGUGAAUGCACUCAUGGUGCUGCUGCUUGGUGAUAUGCUAGACAUGACCUGGGGAUUUAUUGUCUCUACGCUGACCACCGCACUACUGGGAGAGAUCGCACCGCAGUCUGUGUUCAUGAAGUAUGCACUGCGUCUCUGUGGCAUAUUCGCUACGCCUGUGCGUGUUCUGGUAUGGAUACUGUACCCCUUUUGCAAGCCGCUGGCGCUGCUGCUGGACUACCUGCUGGGGCCGUCAAACCAAGUCAUUUACAGCCGCCAGCAGCUGAAGGCAUUGGUCGACCUGCAGCUUGAGAAGGGAAAUGUGCUCACGCUCGAGGAGGCAAAGAUGCUCAAGGGUUGCCUAGAGAUGUCCUCGGUUAAAGCCGAAGAUAUCAUGACUCCCCUUCAGGCUCUGGUGCACAUCGAAGAAAACGCCACUGUUACUAAGGAGGUAACGCAAAAUAUCGCUAAAUCUGGGUUCUCAAAUAUACCCGUCGUCACCACACAACCCGACAGGAGAAUUGUAGGGUUCCUCGUCGUCAAGGACCUGCUCAUGCUGGACGACUCCAAGAGCUACAGGGUCAAUGACCUCUGUGCGACUAUUGGGAAGCCUGUCUAUGCGGUGGAUUCGGAAAACACGUUGAACGACAUUCUCGCGUUUUUCAAAGAAAACUCGAUUCACGUAGUAGUCGUGCGCAAGAUCAUCGUCAACCCUGCUACCGGCGGCGACCCCUCAUAUGAGCAUGCGGGGAUUAUUACCAUCGACGACGUUCUACAGAUUAUGUUACAGGACUACAUCACGGACGACGCUGAGCGUGAGCUGGAGGGGGAUGAGCUUGUCAAGAAAAGAAAUGAACUACAACUGGAAAAGUUCGAUAGGCUCAACAAUGUGCAGAGUGUGCACGUGUUCAGUCUCAACUCUAUUAGAAGUGUCUUCCCUCUUCGAAACCCAAUCCCAGUGCUACGCGCGCUGAAUGUAUCGGAAAACGCCCAUAAUAUCAACAUCAUUUCUCAAAAACGCGUUUUCCUGCUAAAAAGAAACACCCUUAUACCAAGCGGAAGCAUGAUCGUGCUCCUGAGGGUAGGUCUACGGUCUCAUGACGUUCAUGAAUCGCAGGGCAACGUGAGCUACGUGGACGACGAGAACGUCAUGCCCCUGAAACUUCCCUACGCCAUCAACUGCGAUGAGCUCGAGAAGACUGUUGUCACGCGUUCGGAAUGCGAAGUUGUCGAAGUGGAACUAAACGAGAAUUUUGUGCAGUGA